AGCCUGUGCGCGAACUGGCCGCGGCCGCGCAGCCCGACGGACCCACACGACGGUUCGGCCUGUUCGGAGGGCACCGGCGACUCCCUCGUCAUGCCGCUCGCGUGGGAGGACCAGGGGCCCCCUCCGCAGAGGUUCGCCGCCACGCGCCGUACGACCUGGUCGUGGCCAGCGACGUCGCGUUCCGCGCCGAGCUCCUGGCCCCGCUGUCCGGGAGGGACGAUGAGCUGGCUCAGUUCGCACGAGACCGUGGCCAUCAUAGCGAUCGUCGACCGCCCUGGGGAGACGGCCGCGUUCGAGGCGGCGGCUUCAGUGGCAGGCUGGCGGUUCGAGAGGUGCCUGACCCACGAGCUCAGCGUCGACGGCUUCGUGGGGCCGGGGGGCAGAGACGCCGCGCUCGUGCGAGCGUGCCGCGACCUGGGAGGUUACCGAAUCGUCGUCUACGAGAUGAAACGAGUCCCCUGA